AUGGCUCUUCGUCCGUUAUUUGUCGUUGCAGGCAUUGGAAAUGCAUCGGGCACUGGUUCCGCUGCUGCUCGCGCGUUUGCCAAAGCGGGUUAUAGUGUCGCGCUUAUAGCCCGAAACCAAAGCUCUCUUGAUGCCUGCGCGCAAGAGAUUAACAGUCGUGGCGGUGAGGCGGCGCCAUUCUGCAUGCCUUCCUACUCGUCGGAAAACUUCUCCGACACUUUUAGAUUGAUAGAAUCUCAUUUUCCCGCUUCCAAAUAUGCCUUUCGUGCCGCCUUAUUCAAUAUCGGUUAUGCAGUCUGGAAACCCUUCCUGGAAACGACGCCACAGGAAGUUGAGGACUCUUUGAACACAAAUGUUGCGGCAGCUUUUGCUUUUUCUCGCGAAACCAUCCUCAAGUUCAAAAAUAACCCACUCGACGAGCAACAGCCUACUCGCGGUACCCUUAUCUUCACCGGGGCGACUGCGAGUACUCGGGGUAGUACAACGACUUCAGCUUUCUCCGCUAGCAAAUCUGGUCUUCGUUCAUUAAGCCAAUCGCUGGCAAAAGAGUUUGGCAAAGACGACAUUCAUGUGGCUCAUACCAUCAUUGACGGACUUAUCCAAACUGGCACUGCCCCUCAGAACGAGACUCUCAAGCUGGAUCCAGCCAGUAUCGCUGAGGCACACCUCUAUCUUACGCGGCAAGCGAAAUCCGCGUGGACAUGGGAACUUGACCUUCGCCCUGCAAGCGAAAAGUGGUAG